CGCCGCCCUGUUAUUUACACAGAGACCGACCCGGCCAAUCAGGAGUCGUCACAGCGCAAGGAUUCUGACCCCUCCAGCCAAUGGGAUCGGGGAGGCACAGAGUUUUGUGGGAGUGCAUAUAAUCAACAUAUUAUCCAAGGUGGCUCAGAUAUUGAUCCGGUAUUCCUAGGUAGUUCAAAUUCACCUCCCGCUGCCCUUCGGCUUUGACCUCAUUUGUCUCCCUCCCCUCGCCCUCCUCCUUCUUCGAGCUUGGUUGGAGAAUUAUUCACGCGCAGAAAUGCCGAAGAGAAAGUCCCCAGAGGGUGCUGAGGGUAAGGAAGCCUCUAAAGUCACAAAGCAAGAGAAACCUGCUCCGCCCAAAGCUGAGGUGAAGCCCAAGAAGACCGUUGUCAAGAAGGAUGAAAAAGGAGCAAAGGCCAAGAAGGGUGGCGCUAAGGGGAAGAAGGAAGAUGGUCCGGCCCAGAACGGGGAGACCAAGGCCAACGAGAUCUAUGUGUCUCGUCCAUCUGUGAGUGUGUCCUCCAUCAGAAGCAUGGCUCCCUCCUUGAUGUCAGUGAAAGGACAGAGCGAGACAGUCAGAGUUAAGGGUCUCUGAAGCAGCAGAAGAGGCGACCGACGAGAAGGCAUAAGGAUUCCAACUCGUCCACUGACUCGUCCGCUCCAACUCCAUGGCAGCAAAGCAUCUUUUUUUACCGAUGAUUUUUUGUACCAUACCAUCUUUUUUUUCUCUCUCUCUCUUUGAUUAGCGAUAGCGAUGGACAACCAGCAGAACCCUCAUCCUCCCGCUCCCUCUCGCAUCCCGUGUUGCUUUAGAAUACGGCGUCCAUCUUAGAUGUUCAAAGGCACAUUGAAGUGGUUUUAUCAGACAGCUGCAGAUGUUAUUUGUGAUGUCUGGGAAAAAAAAAACACCAGGGGAUUCUGGGGCAUAAAUGUGACUGUUAUGAUCUCUAAACCAGCUUGGCCUUUUAUUUGUAGUUAUUCCUCUGCGAAGAAGGUCACCAUUAUCGCCCUGUCAUGAGGAGAUGCCCUGAUCCCUACCCCUCUCCCUCGCCGUCCCCCAGCCUCUUUGGGGUAAGGUGAAAGGUUAAAAAUGCCGAGCAGUGGGAGAUCAGACAACAUGAGGAACAUCUGCAGCUUUAAAAAAAGGAAAAAAAAAAUUUCUAGUUUUUAGAAUCCAUGACGCCGUUUCACAUAGCUCCUUUUGUAUGUGUGUGUUGGAGUGGAAGUGUUUGUGGGUAUUUUUUCUUUCUUUCUUUCUUUUUUUUUGAACACCUUGUCCUGAAGCAGAGAGUGACAUAGCAAUAAACGAGUGGUGCUCCUGUUCUGGGCGGCUCUGUCGGCGUCGGACCCUCUGGGUUUUGGCGGAGUUUCAUCCUGUUAGGAGAGAAUAUUUUGAAAUAAAAGAAAAAGUCCAUCACACAUACUUGCCUCCCUCCCCCCGUCUUUCUUUCUUUUAGUGUAAAUAGAACAAAUGUGGGGUUUUCUGGGUCAAAGUUCAACGUGGUUAUAUUUGGGGUUUUACGUGACAAAAUGAAACGAAGCAUGAUUGUGAUGUUGAAAAGAUUCUUUGGUUUCUAAAGUUUUUAUAACCCCAAAAAAUCUGAGGAAACAUGGCACGCACAAGGUCAAUAUACGUUCACAGUUUAUUUAGGUGUGGACUUUGACUGGUCCGUCCUAACACACCAAUGUAUUUGGUGUGUUAGGCUAAACUAUGGACAUCCUGGUGGCAUCUGUCCAUAGACAGAUUUUUCUUUGUAAUCGGGGUAAAAUUAUUACCGACAUCAGUGGAAAAUGUAAAGUCGAAUGCAAAUUAUUCGUGUUUUUAUAACUAAGCCUUUUAUAUCCGACACUUUUACUGAAAUGUCGACUUUGCUGCACCUAAGUCGGCUUUCACUGAAUUUACUAAACUUGGCUAAACAUGGCAAGUAGUUUAGAAUAAUUAGUUUCAAUUGAGCCCCC